AUGAACCAGAGCAAAACGGAGCAGUUUGAUCAGGAGAAGCUGCCAGCUUUAGAAGGUGCCUACAAUGCCAUCCUUCGAGAGCUGGGCGAGGACCCCGAAAGAGAUGGACUGCUGAAGACCCCCCUGAGAGCUGCAAAAGCCAUGCAGUUUUUUACUAAGGGAUACCACGAGACCGUUCAUGAUAUACUCAACAACGCCAUAUUUGAUGAGAACCAUGAUGAGAUUGUCAUUGUGAAGGAUAUCGAGGUGUUUUCUCUUUGUGAACAUCACUUGGUACCAUUUUUUGGCAAGGUUCAUAUUGGCUACAUGCCAAACAGAAAAGUAGUUGGACUGAGCAAGCUGGCAAGAAUUGUUGAAAUCUUUGCUCGGCGGUUACAAGUUCAAGAGCGCCUCACAAAACAAAUCGCAUUAGCCAUCAAUGAUGCUCUGCAGCCAUUGGGGGUGGCUGUUGUUAUGGAAGCUACACACAUGUGUAUGGUAAUGAGGGGCGUGCAGAAGAUGAACAGCAGGACCGUCACCAGCACAAUGCAUGGACUCAUGCGAGAAGAUCCCAAGACCAGAGAAGAAUUCCUCUCACUGAUCAAACAAUAG